AUGGUGUGGUGGGCGCCUUUCAGGAGCGGCGGCGGCGUCGCCGGCGCCUGCAUGCAAUUCAACAUCAGCGCCUGCAGCCUCUCCACCAACCGCAGCCUCCUGCCCCAGGCGCACGCCGUCCUCUUCCAUCACCGGGACCUGCAGAGCCAUGGCCUCGCCCAGCUGCCCCGGCAGAGGCCGCGGGACCAGCGGUGGGUCUGGAUGAACUUUGAGUCGCCCAGCCACACCGGGGGCCUGCGAGACCUGGGCGGCCUUUUCAACUGGACUAUGUCCUACCGAGCAGAUUCGGAUGUCUUUGUACCCUAUGGGUACCUCCAGCUUCGCCCGGAGCCCCUGGUCCAGUUGGCCUUGCCCAAGAAGACCAAGCUGGUGGCCUGGGUGAUCAGUAACUGGAAUGAAAGUCAAGCCCGGGUCGGUUAUUACUACCAGCUGAGAAGGUAUCUCCCCAUUCAUGUGUAUGGAUCUCACGGACUGAGGCUCAUGGACAACAACGUGGUGAAGACCAUCUCGGAAUACAAGUUUUAUUUGGCUUUUGAGAACUCCCAGCAUCAGGACUACAUCACGGAGAAACUCUGGAGGAACGCCUUUCAAUCCUGGGCUGUCCCCAUCGUCUUGGGUCCCCCGAGGGCCAACUACGAACAGUUUAUUCCUUCCGAAGCCUUCAUUCAUGCCAAUGACUUCUCCGACCCCAUGGAGCUGGCGGUUUACCUGAAAUUCCUAGAUAAAAACAAAAACAUGUACAGAAAGCAUUUCGCUUGGAGGAAACGAUUGCUUCAAUUGGAUUAACAAGGGCAUCAUGAACCUAGACCAGAGUUCCUGCUAAAAGUUUGCAAUGUAAUAACUAAUGGGUCAAAUCUUCCACCUAUAAGUUAUUGCAAGUGUGUAAAAGGUGUGUCGUUGGUAAUCCUCUGUAUUUUCCAUCCAUAUAGGCUGUUAUUGUUUGAAAGUGAAGUUCCGUAAAGGCUUUUAUCAGGGAACAAGACUUUAGAAACUGUAAAUUGUAUGACAUUCCCGUUUCUCCUUGAUAUUUCUGUAUCCUGUAUCCUUGUCCUGUAUCCUGAAUUCUAAUUAAUACGUGUACUUGAGCUCAA